CUUGCACGAUCCCUCCUCCUCCUCCUCCUCCUUCUCACACUCACUCUCUGCUUCCCUUGUUCAACCAUUCACGUCCUUCCAUGGUGGAGACGCUAUAAGCCCCAAUCCAAACGCCAUCUCCGAAUCCGGGAGGCUCGAAGCAGGGACCGACACCGAAAAUCGAAUGGCGCUCCACCUCCCUCCUCCGCCUCUCCGCCUCGUCCUCCCCGCCAUUUCCGACCGCGCCCGCAGGCUCAACCCCUACGUUUCAGCUCGGCCCCUACGCACGAGGCGCUCCGAUCGCCGCACCGUGCCGGCGGCGGCGGCCUCCUCCCGCGACGCCGUCGACGCCUUCACGGAGAAAUCGGGGUACCUGUUCGAGCUGAGCGCGACCGAGGCUGACUCGUUGGCGGACUACGAUGUCGCCAAGAUUGCCUCCAUCUACAGGCGUAAGCCUUUGGUUCUGCUCCGGCGGCUUCUCCAGACGGCGACGACCUUCGGCAGGUGGUUCGCGUCGCGUUACCUGGACGGCCUCAUGGAGCGAUCCGAUCAGAUGUUUGAGGUUAGAGCAGAAGAACUUCGGAACAUACUGGUCGAAUUAGGUCCGGCAUAUGUAAAAGUUGCUCAGGCUAUAUCUUCUCGGCCAGAUCUGAUUCCUCCUUCAUACCUGGAUGAAUUAUCUCUGUUGCAGGACAGAAUAGCUCCAUUUUCUACUAGUGUUGCUUUCAACACGAUAGAACAAGAACUUAAGGUUCCUAUUGAUGAGCUAUUUUCGGAGAUUUCACCAGAGCCUAUAGCGGCAGCUUCCCUUGGGCAGGUUUAUCAAGCGAGGCUUCGACGCAGUGGAAAGGAUGUCGCUGUGAAGGUACAGCGGCCCGGCGUACAAGCUGCUAUUGCCUUGGACAUUUUGAUCUUACGAUAUCUAGCUGGACUGAUUAGGAAAGCUCGCCGGUUCAAUACUGAUCUUCCAGCAGUUGUUGAUGAGUGGGCAUCAAGUCUUUUUCGGGAGAUGGACUACCAGAAAGAAGCAAAUAAUGGAAUCAAAUUCAGGAAGCUUUAUGGAGGUUUGCGAGAUGUUUUAGUUCCAGAGAUGUACGUGGAGUACACAACUCGGAGGGUCUUGACGAUGGAGUGGAUAGAGGGACAAAAGUUGUCUGAAAUUAAGGAUCUCUACUUGGUUGAGGUUGGAGUUUACUGCUCAUUCAAUCAACUUUUGGAAUGUGGCUUCUACCAUGCUGAUCCACACCCCGGCAAUCCGCUUCGGACAUAUGACGGGAAACUUGCUUAUUUAGAUUUCGGUAUGAUGGGUGAAUUUGAACAGGAAUUACGUGAUGGAUUUAUUGAAGCCUGUCUCCAUCUUGUAAAUCGUGAUUUUGUAGCACUAAGCAAGGACUUUGUUACUCUUGGGCUUCUUCCACCUACUGCAGACAAGGAAGCUGUCACAAAUGCUUUAACAGGUGUUUUCCAAAAUGCUGUUGCUAGGGGAAUCCGCAACAUAAGUUUCGGUGACCUCUUGGGAAACCUAGGAACCACCAUGUACAAGUUCAAGUUCCAAAUACCUUCAUACUUUUCUCUUGUUAUCAGAAGCCUUGCUGUAUUGGAGGGAAUUGCAAUUGGCCUUAACCCAGAUUAUAAAGUUUUGGGCAGCACUUACCCAUGGAUUGCCAGAAAAGUUUUGUCUGACAGCUCACCCAAGCUGAAGUCCUCUCUGCAGGCUCUUCUUUAUGAGAAUGGUUUUUUUCGAGUUGAUCGCCUGGAAUCUCUUCUAACUGAGUCUCUUCGUGCCAGAACAGAUAAGGCCUUAAUGAAAAGGCAGGUAGAAGGAAAUGAUUCUAGAAUGGUUAUCAAGCAAAUUCUCUCUUUCACAUUAACUGAAAAGGGUAGUUUUGUUAGAGAAAUAAUACUUGAAGAAUUCUCUAAGGGCGUGGAUGCACUUGGUCUAGCUACGGUUGAUUCUUUAACAUCUGCAGCAGUAUCAUACAUACCAUUUGGGACAUCAUUUUCCUUCUCUGCUUUGACUGAUGAAGACAUAACAAAUUUGAAAACAUUACGCCGUCUUUUGCUGUUGUUGUCGGGGUUUCCAAGUAAUGAAAGGUUGAGUCAGGGGCAUAACGGAGAAUCCAGAACCGAGGUUGAAAAGAGAUACAUGGGGGAAGCAUCAUUAGCACUGGACCAGAUUUCUUCUUUGCAAGAAAUUCUCCCCCUCCUUUCUGUUAUUUCUGAGCUCCCUCCAGAAGCGCAGCAGCAAUUAGUGAGUCUACCGAGGAAUUUGGCAGGGAGAUUAUUGUCCCGGGGUAUUGCGAGGACCAUCCGCAGGAUCUUUCUAUGAUACAAGCAAAUAAUUUUUGGCCAGAGGUAGCCACUGUUCAAUUGCCAUCUCCAUUGGUUCUGUUCCCCGGUGUUUCAAUAGACCAAAAUAGUAAUACUUCCGAUUAGAAUGGCGGAUCAAUAAGUUGAGAAUGAUCAGAAUAAUUGGAACACCAGAACAUCCCCUCCUUUGCAAUAUCACAGUUAAAUCUUUUCAUUGUAUGGUUAA